AUGCACCAAGGUAUUCUAGUCGGAGUUCAAACAGUUUUAAACGAUGAUCCUCAGCUAAAUGUACGACGACUACCCCCUCGUGAUACCCCAUACCCUUGCCCCCGCCCGGUCAUUUUGGACAGUUAUCUUCGCACUCCUCCCACAUGUAAGCUUCUGCAGAAUUUUGCGGCGGGAAAUGGGCUGGCCCCAUAUAUUAUAUACGGAAUGCCCCUACUAGACUUUGGAGAAUCUAAAGAAAUCAAAAGACGUAAAGCAGUUUUGGAGGACGCCGGGGCUAUCCUCAUAACUGGGUUUGAACAAGACGGACAAAUCGAUCUCGCUGGUGCUCUGCGCCUCCUGAAGCACCGAGGAAUCCACUCGGUCAUGGUCGAAGGGGGACAGCGAGUAAUAUCAUCAAUGCUAACUGGCCGCCACAUCGACGGGAGUCCUCUUGUUGAUGCCUUAAUUAUUACUGUUUCUCCUAGUCUAAUAGGAUCGGAUGGUGUGGGUGUGCUUCAACAGGGCAGGAAGCUUCCUUCAUUGAAACAUGUUCAAUCAGAGCAGUUCGGCACAGAUACCGUGAUUGCUUGCCGUUUGGCUGAUUGA